AUGGGCGCCCCCUUCGAUUUUGCGCCGGAAAGGCCGGACCACAUUGAACAAAUCCUCAAUGGGCUCGACCGGUACAACCCGGAGACGACGGCGGUUUUCCAGGACUAUGUCAUGCAGCAAUGCGAAAACCAGACGUACGACUGCUACGCCAACCUCGCAUUGUUGAAGCUUUACCAGUUCAACCCGCACCUCGCCCGUGACGAGACCAUCACCAACAUCCUCGUCAAAGCUCUUACCGUCUUCCCCUCGCCCGACUUCUCGCUCGGCCUCGCCCUCCUCCCCAGCCACACCCUCGCGCCUCUCUCAACAUCAUCACACACACCAGCAGCUGGCGACGCACCCCUAUCUGAGGCUGUGCAAAAGCUGAACAUUCUUAAGAACCUGCUCGAGGGUGCCGACUACGCUGCAUUCUGGUCAACGCUAGACUCUGACGACUUGUAUGCCGACUUGGUGGCUGACGUAUCUGGCUUUGAGGAGCUGAUGCGGGUGCGCAUUGCGGCGACAGUGAGCCAGUCAAUAAGGGAAGUCGAGCGUAGCAUCUUGGAGAGCUGGCUGGACCUCAAUGGCAAGGAGUUCGAGCACUUCGUCGGGACCGUGUGCGGAUGGAAUGUUGACGGCGACAAGAUCAAGGUGCCGAUCAACAAGGACAAUGAGGCCAAGGGCACCGUUGUCAGGGAGAAUGUCAAGUUCGAUCAAUUCUCAAGAGUUGUCAGGAGGGCUUUCGAGCAACCAGCUUAA